ACAGCCAAUCCAGUCUCUAAGAUAAGCUUAUAUGUAUGAGUUUUCUUAACGCCACUAUUUAUUUAAGAAGAAUUAGUUACGGAAAUGGCGGACGUCGAGUCGAAAGAUAACAAUUCGAUACAAUCCGUAACGAUGAAGGUGGAUGGUCCAUCGGAAGAGUGUAGCAGCAAACAAGAUAAUUUAAUUAAUAACGUGGACCAGGAAAAGGAAUACAGAAUGUGCAGUCCAGCGGUCGUAAUAAAAACUUCAAACAGCAACCCUUUUGCAUCCGAUCACAAUAGAUUAGGAAAAGUUUUCUUAAAACCAUCUCAGUUGUUUGUAAAUUCAUCUCCUCAGGCGUCGAGUAAACCUGUUUUAAAACAGAGCUCGUUCAAUCCCUUUAGCAAGCCUACUGAAGAAAAUAAAAGUGAUAAUAGUGAUAAGAACCAAACAAACGGGGAGGUAAAAUUUGUACCUUUAAUCAAAACAGAUUCACAAAAAUCAACAGCUUGCGAAUCCAAUCCAAUCAGUAGUAGUACCAUCGCCAGUUCACUACCAACACCCAGUUUUGUCUUUGGACAAAAUCUACAUGACAGGGUUAUAGGGUCUGAGACAGUUUCUGAUCCCACUCCUUCAACAAGUCUUCAUUCGAACGGUACGGGUUCUAACACUAGUGAUAUGUUAUUUAGUACAGCAAUUAAGAACGAAGUGAAGGCAGAUACGUCAAAGGACAAAGAGGUGAAGUCCCUCACUGAAUCGGCUAGGGAAUAUGAAGAAUCCAGAGCCAAUAAAAGGAAAUACGACGAAGUUGAAGUAAAAACUGGUGAAGAGGAUGAAACCAACAUUCUGAGUGUGUCAUGUAAGCUGUUUUCUUUCGAUAAAGCGACAAGCAAUUGGCAGGAACGGGGCAGGGGAACUCUCAGGUUAAACGACUUUGAAAUGGACGAUGGCCAAAUAGGAAGCCGUAUUGUGUUCAGGACUGCUGGCAGUUUGCGAGUGAUUUUAAACACAAAAAUAUGGGCUGAAAUGACUGUGGACAAAGCCAACGAAAAAAGUAUUAGACUAACUGCCUUGGACUCCAACGGCGAAAUCAAGGUCUUUCUCAUAAUGUCUAGUAUAGAGGACUCUAGACAGUUAUAUUCUCGGUUACAAUUAAGGUUAGAAAAAGAAAUAGCGAUCCAAAAACGGAAAAAAAUCGAACCAGACUCGUCGGGACAGUGAAAAAUUUCAUCCAUACUGAUCUGUAGAUAAGUCUUAUUUUUACUUUCUUAAUUUAGAGAAAAAGAAAAAAACUAAUCUUUACUUGUAUAUUUUUUAUUCCAAUGAUUAUUACAAAAUUCAGCUUUAUACUUAAACAUUUUUUUUCUGUUGUUGAAACUUAUUAUAUUUAAAGAAAAAAAAAACAUUGUGUAACAUUAGCAGUUUCUAGAAUUCCUCUCGAAAAAAAAACAAAAUAUAUUUCUUGAAAAAAAAAAUAGAAAACUAUAUUUACAGUACCAUUCCUAAUCCCUAUUAGUAUAUAACCGAGA